GAGAGGAAUCACAGAGGAGAGAGGAGUGAGAGAAGAGCAGGAGGAAGAGAUCAAAGAAGAGAAGGAAGAAGUAGAUAGUAUCACUGACCCAGGAGAGAGCUCCAAUCCAGGCUCAGAUAGCGAUCCCAGUUCCACAGCAUCAGGAAACCAUAAACAACCCAGACAGAGGAACUCAAGACAGAAACAUCACCACUGCAUGGACUGCUCCACUAGUUUCUAUGAGCCAGAGGAGUUGAGAAGGCACACUUGUGGGCCCCACCCCUGCUCUAAUUGCAGAGGCAGUUUUAUUUGUCCAAUUCACUUCAAAUCACACCAGCAGACUCUCAAAAGAAAGAAAACGUACCCGUGUGGUCAUUGUGAGAAGAGUUUUCAGACCCCAAGCAGUUUGAAGAAGCACCAGCUUACUCACACAGGAAAGAAGUUGUACCACUGCUUUCAGUGUAGGAAGAGGUUCAGUCGGGUAGACACCUUAAAGGCUCACCAGAGAAUACACACAGGGGAGAAGCCCUUCCACUGCUCCCAGUGUGGGAAGACUUUUGGUUGGUCAAUAAAUUUGAAGCGACACCAGAGAAUACACACAGAGGAGAAGCCUUUCCACUGCUCCCAAUGUGGGAAGAGUUUCAGUGCUAUAGGAAGUCGAAAUAAACAUCAGAGAAUACACACAGGAGAGAAGCCUUACCACUGCUCUGAGUGCGGGAAGAGUUUCAGUCUGUCAUCAUAUCUGAAGAGGCACCAAAUAACUCACACAGAAGAGAAACUAUUCAGCUGUGAUCAUUGUGGGAAGAGUUUUAAAUUGGAAGGAAGCCUUAAGAGUCAUCAGAGAAUACACAGUGGAGAGAAGCCCCACCACUGCUCCCAAUGUGGGAAGCGCUUCAUUCAGGCAGGAGACCUAAAGAGGCAUCAGAGAAUACACAGUGGAGAGAAGCCAUACCACUGCUCCCAAUGUGGGAAAAGCUUCAGUCGGGUAAAUGUCCUAAAGCAACAUCAGAGAAGACACAUAGGGGAGAAGCCUUUCCACUGCUCCCAAUGUGGGAUGACCUUCAGUGAGAAAGGAAAUCUAAAGCAACACCAGAGAAUACACACGGGAGCGAAGCCGUACAGCUGUGAUCAGUGUGGGAAUUCUUUUAAAUGGAAAGAAAUCCUGAAAGAACAUCAGAAAGCAAUGCACAGUGCAGUGCCCAACACUGACCUUAUAAUGGUGUUGCCAAGCUGGGCAACUACAUAUCUAACUAAUAUUGACUGACUGUUUUUGUCAUUUAUUUUGUUAUAGUUUUUUUUUUAAAUAUAUAUUUGACCUAUAACGCUUUGUUCAGACGGCCUAAAACAGACGAGGGAGGCAGGAAAUUGGGAGGGUGGACACAGGAAUUGAACCCCGGUCUCCAGUGGGGAGUAGAGUACAUUUAACUGGGAGUGUUAACGCUAGACCCCAGGCUCUGCAGAUUAUUCUGUGAAACUUGAAGUUCAUUUUUUAUAUUCUCAUAUGAAAAUGUACUAAAGAGUAUGAAUUAUGACAUGCGCAUCAUAUUUGAAUUAAAGUGUCUUUUCCUCCAGAAAUGCAUUCAGUUUCUAUUUGCAUAAAUUAAUACUUUCUAAACCAAACUUCUAUCUCAAGUCAACCACUCUCCUCUUAGGAACGUUUUAUUUGCUUAUUGAUGUUAUUUCACCAGUGUUGGGGGAAAGACGUUAGUAACACAGGGUGUUACAGAAAUAUCAUUACAUUAGUCCAUAACGAGGUCUUUUGUAAUGAGUUACACUUUGUAUUAUAUGUAGAUGUAGUCAAGUCAGUCACCAGUGGUCGAGUCACGAGUCAUGAAAAUCGUGACAGAGUCAAGUCCGAGUACUGGACUCCAAUACUACAACACUGUCAGCCACUCUCCUCUUGGGGUUUAACACGUUAGUAACAUAACAUUUUACUAUUACUUUUGUCAGUAAUAAGGUACUAUAAUGAGUUAGAAUUUGUAUUGGAGUAAUAAUAUUACAGUAAUUAGUAGUGAGUAGUUAGUAAUGCGUUCUUUUCAGAGUACAUUUACUGUGCCAUGUGGUGUAUCCAUGAUCUGAAGGGAGUUUACCUGCCAGGAGAGGCAGAAACCUUGGUUUACAGGUAAAUACUUUAGAAACCUUACUCACCAGAGCUCUCACAUUAUAUAAAUUCAGGGCAAUCACACAUAUACAUUAUAUUGCCUAUAAAUGUCAACCUGCCUUGAAAUUCAAUACGUGAU